GGCGGUGGGGGGAGGAGGGAGGCCGCCGCUGGGAGGGGAGGGGAGGGCGGGGGGCGGAGAGGAGCCGCGGCUGCGAGACGCGCCGAGCCGGGCCUGGCCGCGGCUGCGGGGGCCGACCCCGUGCGCGCCCCUCCCCCAGGGGCCACGGAGAUGCCACCCUGGGGACCCGCAGCCGCCCCUCCCGCGCCGGGUCGCGGCGCUCCGGCUCCCUUGGGGCUCAGACAGAGUCUGGAGCCGCUGAAGUUGGGCUCUGGGGACGCACAGCCAAUCGGGGAGGGCGGUGGGGGAAAGCCGGUGAGGGGCUGGGAGCCCCGGUGUUCCUCGUCUCUCCCAAAUCCGCUGCAGCUGGGGAGGCUGGGCCCUCCUCUCCCGGCCCGGCCAGGUCCGCGGGCGGAGGGACGUGGGAGAGGCCCCGGGGAAAUGGGCAGCGCGUUCUCUGCUCUCACACCCGAUCACCCCACGUCCCGAAACGCUUCCGCGGGGACCGCUUCCGCACCGUCUCCACCCAGCCCCCCAGCCCUUGAAAUGGUGCUGGUGGCGCGGGUGCCGGAGGAGCCGGGGACGGCGGCUUCGGACUUGGGAGAGCUCGGUCCCCGCGCUCCUGCAGCUCGCCCCGCCUCUCCCUCAAGCCGGCGCCUCAAAGCGGGCGCGGAAGCAGCUUCGCCUCGGGCCGCCCCGCCAGCCCCCUCCCCAGGGGUGCGUUGGCCGCGGUCCCAGCCACAGGGGCCGGGAUCUCUGCAAGUCCGGUCACUUGUUGCCUCCCCCAGCCCCCGCAGACCCGCCGCGGCGCUGUGGAGUGCGCGGUUCCGCUGGAGCGAGGGCCCGCGGGGCGCGGAGCCCGCAUCCGUCCGCGGUCCCCCAGCUUCCCCGCUCUCGGAGGAACCCGCUACUGAGAAGGGAGCCCCCCCCACCCCAGCCCGCUUCCGGCCCGCGGAGUCUCUCUGGGCGAAAGGGGUGCCGCGGUCGGGGCUUCCGAGUGGCGCCAGGGACUGGGCGGGGCGCUCGUGGCGCGGGGAGCGGCGCUGGGACCCGCAGACCCCGCGGGGAACACCCGUGCCUGCGAGGGUCCUCGCGGUCGGGAUAAGUUUCCGGCUUGGGAGGUGACGGCAAGAGAAGACGCCGAGAGACGGUGAAAAGGCGAAGGAGCCGCAGGCGAGGACGGGGGAAAGGCGGAGAGAGGGACCCGCAAGAGGGCAGGAUGCGGAGGGCGUGGAGGGAACGCGGCCCUUAGAGCGCAGCAGGCGGCAAGGGCGUGCGGAGAGGAGCGGGCCCGGGAGUUCGCGGAGGAAGAGGCCUAAGAUGGAAGGGAAAGCCUGGGGGCCUGUGCGCUUGAGGAAGGGGCCGGCGAGGGGGCGCGGAGAAGGGCGGCCGGCCCCCGCCCCGCGGCUCCCCGAGCGCGCAGCUCCCCGGGUGUCCACGCCGCAGGGCGAGCCUGCCUCCUGCCCGCACCCCUGCCCCACCGCCCACGCCUCUCCCAGAGACUCGGGAUCCCUCUGGCUCCGAGUGUGUCUGCCCUCACCCCGCGCCCACAGGACGCGCCUGUCGCCCUCCGUGCGGACCGGGCCUCGAACUUGCCCAUUUCUUCUCUGGGGGAGGAGGGCGCUAAGGUUCCAGCAGCCCUUACUCCCGCACUACGCCGCCGCUGACCACGUCCGAGGUGACAGCCCUCCGGGUCCCCAGCCCCCGCACGUCUGCCACUCAGGCGCUCGGUGCACAGGAGAGCGAGGGGUGGCCGUGCCUGCCGCUUCUGCCUCCUCCUGUGGAUCCCUAGCCCUGAGCCCCUUCCACAACUCCGUGUGCUUUUCUGUGGACCUCUUUGGCCCUGUCUCUGAGUCUGCUCUGAGCCCUAAAACUUUGGCCCUCCUGCCUGCCCCAUCGCGGAAGGGAGCAGCGAUGGUAAUGGGGUGCCUGGGUGUAGCCAUCUGUACGCAGCAGUGAGGUUUCAUCCCAGAGGAUGGAAGAGGGGCCACUCCCUCUCAGAGAUCUUCCGGGUUUGCUGUUUGGCUCGCUACACACUUGUCUGGAUUUUCUUGUCCUUCCCAGGUGAGCAUGAAGCCGAGGUCAGUUUAAGGACAAGGGCAAAGAUCCCCCGGAAGUGAAGUGGUUAGAAAAUCCCUCUAUUCGUGAGGAAAGACUCCUUAGCUCCAUUCUGGAGGCAAAGCCACGGAGGAACCUGGUCAUGUGCGACCUGACAUUAGCUGGAUUUACCCUCUGUCUUCUGUCCCGAUUGCAGGCGGUUAAGACCACUCCUGUCAUGAGCAGAACUAGCAGAUUUUAAAAAGUAGUUAGAAAUCGCUUGGUGGGUUUACACCAAAUCAGAUGGCAUCGUGUGCUACCAGCGGUCAAUAUUCCUUCGUACAAAGCGGCAAGUCCAUGCCUAGCAUUACAUUAGGGAGAAUAGAACAUGUGUGCCCACACUAAGACAUGUAUCUGAACGUUCAUAGCAACCUUACUCUCAAUGGCUAAAGCCUGGAAACCGUUCAGGUGCCCAUCAACUGGUGAAUGGACGAACAACUCGGUGUGUUCACACGAUGGAGUAAUAUUCAGCAGGAAAGGAAUUCCAAGGCUUGUUACAUCAGGAAUGAUCUUUCAAAGCGUAUGCCAAAAGCCAAAAUCUGUGUGAUUUUAUGCUCUGUAAUUGCAUUUAUGAGAAACGUCCAGAAAAGGCAAGUUUGUAGAGAGAGAAGGCAGGUACCUGGUUGCAUGGGGAUGAGGGUAUGAACAAGAAUCUGCAAAGAGAGUGAGAGGGAACUUCGUUGUGUGAUGAAAUUUUCUAAAACUGAUAGUGUUGAUGGUUGCACAGAUCUAUGAAUUCCCCAACAAUCACUGAAUUCUAACAAAAAAGACAAUGCUUCCCGCUUGCAUACCAGAGUAUCUGUGAGCUGCAGCUAAGCCUCAAGGGGAAACUUUCUGUAAGGCAGUUUUAGAGAAAGAAAAAAGUAAAAACAGAAUUCUAGUUCUCAUAGAAAGAUAACUCUACUUGUAUUCAGCAAGUUCUAUUUUGGCGACUUCUUUGGAGAGACUUCUAAGUGUUAAAGCAAGUUAAUUUCCCCCUUUCACUCUUCUAAGUGAUUAAUUCCUAGGAACUAGAGUUAGGCAUUCCAGUUCGUGACAUUUUAAACACACCUACACAGACACAGUACAAAGUGCACAUUUCAGAGGGGUUUUUUUAUGACUAUGUUAGGAUCUGUCUUAGAAAUCCAUAUCAAGAACUUGGGUGUGGUAUUGUGCGGUUACAGUUUAGAUCUUAAAAGCAAAAAGAAAGAAUAGGGAAAAAAAUAACCCACUGACAGCUUAAAUUGAAAAUUCAUCUUAGACAGGCAGUCAAAAGUUUGGGUGUUUAUCUUAAGUUUCCUCACCUUGCCUUCGCCUCGUUCUUCAAGGGAGGAAGCCAAGGUUCCUGGCUGCUGUGGAGCCAGGAUUCAACAGCGCUUAUACUUCCUGCCUAUCCCAAUCCAGACAGAGCCAAGGCUCAGACAGCCCUUUCUUGUCUUUGUCCUUGCCAGCGCAGGCUGAUUAAUUUCCUGUCGGUUCCUUCAUCAAAGUAGGAGGCUCUCAUCUCUUUGAUGCGCCCCUCUUCAGGCUCAGAAGAUAACCAGGCCCUGCUGAGGGAUUCCAGUUUCCACUCCGAAGCUCCAUGCUCCCCAGGCUUCUCAAAGCUUCCUGCUCUGGAGAUAUGCUUCCAAAGGGGAACCACUGAAAAUGUAUUCAAGAUGUACUGGCUUGCUUUGCAAGUGGUCUACACUUCGGACAACAGGAUUUAAGAAAGCUCUGUGCUCCAAUUUUCAUAACCAUUAACUAUCAAUAUUGGGAAAGGGAAGGCAGGAAUCAUUCUUGACCAAUGAGAAACCAUUUAAAAGAUUUUUCCUUCUUCAAACUCCUCUACAAGGUAAGAUAGUUGACCUUGCCCAGAACUGGCUGUGAGAAUUUAAGUGCUUUAUCUAAUUGUUUGUUUCCCUCUCACUGCUCACUAGCCUCUUUGUAACUAAGGGCUAAUUGAGGUGUUUCCCUGAAACUCAAGGUAGUUCAAAACCCAUUGUAUUUUUAUACACAAGUGGUUCAAGAGCUUUCUUCUUGUAAACAAUAUUCCAGAGAAGACAUUCUAUUCUGGUUGACAGUCACCCUAGUUCUGGGUCUUAAUCCGUGAUUGAUUCUCCAUUGUACAGAAUAUUGUUCUGGGCUACACGUAGAAUUAAAGAAUAACAUUUUUAAAUAGCUCUUCAUUGAAUGCCUGUUAAGUGCUUUCAUUCAAAUCCUUACGACCACUCUACAGAGUGUUACAAUUGCCCAUUUUAUAGGUGAGAAUGGCAAAGCUCAGAGAAUUGAACAUCUUACUCAAAGUCAAACAGCUCACUAAUAAAUGAAUAAUUAAAUGUCAUUUCA